AUGUCAACGGUACGGCCAUACCUCGAUAUCAUGCCAAGAGGAACAAAUCUGCAUUUGCGGCGGGACAUAGGAAUUCUGACACAAAAUCAAAGCUUGAACCCCAGCAGCUCAGUCACUAAGAAAGCCAAGGCCAUUCUUGGAAGGGAGCAAAGACUCGAAAACCCAACAGCAACAGAAAUACUGGAUCACCUUAAGCAAAAGCUCAAGGCUAUGCUAAAAAGCUCCGACGGUAUAAGGAAAAGUAACACAAGACGUCAACACAAUAGUCAGUUUAGCAGGAGUGAAAGGAGCUUUUAUAAAAAUUUAGAGUCAGAAGAUCACGAGCCUCAAACCCUGAAAGAAAAUAAGGUCCCCACACCAGAGGCCACGAAAACGUUUUGGGAAUCAAUCUGGGGGAACCCUGUGAUUCACAACAAUACCAGAUGGCUGUUUGAUGAGAAGAGGUCUACAUCUAGCCUCCAGACUAUGUUGGAAUGGGAAGUAACAAACCGACCAAGUAACCAAGGCUAUAAACAAGACCUCGAAUUGGAAGGCACCUGGACAGGAUAA